ACGGAUGUUGAUUUUGUAUUUGUUUUGCUGCUCUGUGCAGUUCUUUGGUUUCAUCAAGGGUGGCUGGCUUGUGCUGUCCUUGAAUGAUAUAAAUGGAGCCUCGUCAUGGCAUAAUGAAGGCUUUCCCCAAGGUUAAAAGAGCUAAAGUGCUUCAGGGGAAAGAUGGUCCACCACUUAAGAAGAGUUCUGAAACAUGUAGUGUCACAGGAGACAUUUUCUGUGAUUUGAGUGUGUACAUCUUGCCAACUGCCAUAGGCAAUGCCAGGUGUCAAAUUUUUGAACGGCAAAUACUACAAAAUGGAGGAAUAACAGAAAAUUACAUAAGUCCAAGUGUCACUCAUGUAGUAGUAGAUGACAGUAUAGACUGUGAGCGAGCACUUCGCCUCCUAAAAGUGGAUUGCUUGCCUUUUGGAGUCCAGUUGGUGAAGUCCUCUUGGUUGAGCAAAUGUAUUAGUGAGAAAAAGCUCUUGGAUGUCUCAGAUUACACCCUUUUUCAAAUUAAAAGUGAUUCAGAAACACCACAAUGUAAUACAAAAGAUUUGCCUAAUGCAGAAGCAGUCGAAACACAAGAAAAUGAUAAUGCAUCGGAAGCUGUACAUAUAAAUUCAGUGGGCUGUGAGACUGCCUCAGACAGCAAAGAGGAACCACAAGGAGAUGAUGAUGGUGUUUCUCAAAGUGACUUAGAAGCUCUUAUGACUGGCCAGCACCCAAAAGAUGAUAAUCCCAGUCAGGACUCUGUCUCUCAAAAAACUAUCUCAGGAAAAUGGGUCUGUGCUCAAUCAUCUGUGUCUAAGAGCAAUAACUUCAACAAACACAUUACUGACAAAUUAGAAGUGCUGGCCAAGGCCUACUCACACCAAGGAGACAAGUGGAGGGCAUUGAGCUACUCAAAGGCAGUUAAUUCACUGAAGAGCUACCACAAGCCUGUUACAUCAUACCAGGAAGCCUGUCAAAUCCCAGGAAUUGGAAACAAAAUGGCUGACAAAAUAGAUGAGAUUAUGGAGAGCGGUCAUCUUCGCAAACUUGAUCACAUUGGAGAGGCAGUACCUGUACUUGAAAUGUUUACUAAUAUUUGGGGUGCAGGAGCCAAGACUGCGCAGCUUUGGUACCAACAAGGGUUUAGAACUUUGGAAGAUAUUUCUACCAAAGCUCACCUAAACCAUAAUCAAAAGAUUGGACUGAAACACUAUAAAGAUUUUCUGGAAAGAAUGCCUCGAGAAGAAGCAGGAGUCAUUGAGAAAAUGGUUAGAGAUGCUGCUCAAGCUAUAGACCCUGGUCUGCUGUCUGUGGCAUGUGGUUCUUAUCGUCGGGGAAAAGCUACUUGUGGAGAUGUUGAUGUGCUUAUAACUCAUCCUGACGGAAAGUCGCAUAAAGGGGUCUUUAGCAAAGUUCUACAUAGUCUUCACGAAAGUGGGUUUUUGACAGAUGACCUUGUAAGCAAUGAAGAGAAUGGAGAGCAAAAGAAAUAUAUGGGUGUCUGCCGCCUUCCAGGCCCCAAUCAACGCCAUCGUAGACUGGACAUUAUUGUAGUGCCUUAUAAUGAAUUUGCCUGUGCUUUAAUGUACUUUACCGGAUCGGCUCACUUCAAUCGCUCAUUGAGAGCUCUGGCUAAGACCAAACAAAUGAGCCUAUCUGAGCACUCGCUGAACAAAGACGUGGUGCGGCGAGGCAGCUUAAAAGUUCAUGGAGGGACUCCUGUUCCAACACUAACUGAAAAAGAUGUUUUUAAUAUUUUAGGAAUUCCAUACAGACAACCUCAUGAAAGGGACUGGUAACCAUGUAUUUAGACAUGUCUUAAGAUGUCAUGAUGCAUAGAAAUAUGUGCAACAUGGCUAGAUAGUAUUUUAUGAAGAACUUGUAACUAAUAAUGUUCUACAGAGAUACACUAAUAUUGUGCAAGUAAGUGGAAUGAUUUUAUUUUUGACUUGAGUAUUUAUUUGUUUUUAAAUCUGUAAAAUAGGGUGUAGAGUGAUCAAGAAUGAUUGCUUAAAUAAAGGGACGCAAUUAUAG